GUUCACCUCGGCUACCAGGAAGUGAUUAACACACACCCACAGAGGGAACUGAAACACACAACACACUCCAGAAAGGUUCAGUGAAAUGAAGUUACAUGAAAAGGUUGUCUCCUAUUAUGAGGCUUGUAACUCACCUGUGGACAAAGAAGGCUACCUGUACAAGAAGGGUGAGUUCAACACUUCCUAUCAGAAGCGCUGGUGUGUGCUGAAGGGGAACCUCCUCUUCUACAAGGACCGUCCAGCCGACCGGGACGUGAUAGGAGUGAUUGUUCUGGAGGGCUGCACCGUCCAGCUGUGCGAGUCCGAGGAGCAGUUUGCCUUCUCGCUGGUGUGGAGCGAACCGGGACUGCGCACGUACAAGUUUGCGGCCGAGGACCAGGUCAGUCAGGAGAGUUGGAUCAAAGCGCUGCUGUCGGCCAGCCACAGUUACCUGGCGCUGCUGGUGAUGGACAUGGAGAAGAAGUACAGAGAAGCUUUAAGUGAAUACUCCAGUGAUCCAGUCAACAGUUUCACCAUGCCAAAUUUCAGCACAGCAGGAGCAGGAUAUCCUGCUGCUGGCAGUUUUAUCUCACAUGUCUCAACGCUGCCUUCUUUCUCAGCAUCAGCUUUAGGAUCUGGACCCAACUUGAGCCAAAACCCAAUGCUUCAACCUCCUCCACCCACUUCAACCAAAUCAGCAAGUAGGAGGUCACCUAAACUCUGGCCCAAGAGGAACGCAAAUGUAGCGCCUGCAAACAGCCUCCCUGCACCUAUGGGGGAGUGGUCAGGGGUCAUGUCAGGCACCACGGAGGACUUUAGCAAAAUGCAUGAAGAUUUUGGAAAGGAAGUGAAAGAACUGAUUGCUAAUUGGGCAAAAAAGGGACACGGUGAUGAUGCAGAAGGAAACCUGAUAGAUUUUGGCUGAUUAAAAAAAAUAUUUUCAAUGCUAUGUAAAAUACAGUAUAAACAGGAAUGAGAGCCACAUUAAUUGUCAGAAUAUAUUAGUGUAUAUUUAAGAUAAGAAGGUACAUGUUUUUUAUUUACUCAUUGCCAUAGCUUCAAUAAAUGAUCCCUGAUCUGCUCCUUUGA